CGUUAGCUGUUACAAAACCGGCAGGUGGACGGAGCAGAUAUAUUUAGAAAAAAAAAAACAUUCACUGGGAUUUAAUUGAAGCUGAAAUAGAAGAAAAUGGACCGGACUGUGAGUCUACUCGACCAACACUCCAAAACUCCAGUCACUCUGGUUGAGAGCAGCAGCGCCCCCGGUGGUCUGGAACUGGUCAGCUCCUAUCAGACCAACAGGGUGGGAGACCCCAUGGACCUGGUGGCUCUGGCAGCACAAGUACAGAAGGGAGAUGAUUUUAUCAAAGCUAACGCCUGCAACAAGCUGACAGUCAUCGCCGAUCAGAUCAGAUACCUACAGGAACAGGCGAGAAAGGUUUUGGAAGAGGCUAAAAGAGACGCUGACCUCCAUCACGCUGCCUGUAACAUCGUGAAGAAACCAGGGAACAUGUACUACCUCUACGAACGGCCGUCAGGACAGAAAUACUUCUCCAUCAUCUCUCCUAAGGAAUGGGGUCCCAGCUGCCCUCAUGUUUUCGUCGGUGCCUUCAAACUCCAGCAUGACAUGUCGUGGACGCCCGUGGACGAGGUGGAGAAAAGGGACGCAGAAAUCGCCAUCAUGGACAAACUGCUGAGCCGGCAGACCGCCUUACCGCCGUAUUCAGAACCCAACUUCAAAGGCCUGAACGAAUGACGGACCCCUGGACCCGGACUGAACGAGUUUUAUAAAAACGGCCAUUUUAACUGAAGUCAUUUUUAUCAGAGCGUCACAGAGCACUUAAGUUUACGUACGUCUUACAGAUUUCCGUAGCGUGGAACCCUUAACCCAGGUUCUUUGUGUCACCUGUUUGUGGACAAUAAUGUAAAAUCAAAUCUGAACUUUUUGGCUCAAGACGCCUUUAUUACUGAUAGUUCUAGUAAUGGAACUAAAGAGUUAAGAGUCCUGUGGUGUUUAUGUGGAAACAAACUGAAGUUAUAUUUACAUUCAGUGUUUCCCACUGUCUUUAAGGCUUUACAUUACGGCUGUUUUUAGACAUAAAACGGUCACAAAAUCACGAAGAUAUUAAGACAGUUUUCAGAUGCAGCUGCUUUAUUUACUCCAGAGUUCCAGUUUGUUUACCAUCGCCCCGAAUAUCUCAACAAACGUCAGCUAAAGGUUCAACUUUCCAAACAAAAGGUGAUUUCAUCAUCUAGUAAUGCUUUGAAAUGCUCAAAAGUUAUAAUAUUGAUUAAUGGUAAGGAUAAUAUCAGGUUCAAUUUGUUAUUUUUGCUUCCAUGUAUAUUUUGAUAUUUGAGAUGUUUUCAGUUUAACUUCUUCCAGUUUCAAAACCUACUUUCAGUGUCAGAUCCAUUUUCUGUUUUCAGAUCUUCAAACAAAGACACACGAAGGAAAUCAAUGUGCAGUUUGUGAAUUUAUUCAUAAUUUGCCUUUCAUUUACAAGCAGUAACAUUUUAUUCAAUAUUUUGUCAUGAAAAUUGCAGCAACACAUUAAAUUCAGUAACAUUAUUUGCAAUUA